CCCAAACACAACGAAAACGCCUCUCCCCUGUUUCCCUCUUUCUGAGGCGGCGCCGCGGCGGCGGCCACUCGGCUGCGCCUGCCGCAUCCUAACGUAGCCACAUAGGUUCUUGGCUCCGCGCCGCGCCGCUGCGUCGAGCUCUGACUCUGCAGCCCAAAUUUCAAUAGAAGAAGAUGAAGAAACCUAUUGAGUGUUUCUCACUCCUCGUAACUGGCUCGCACGCCGACCACCGCGGGCGUGGCUGAGGCGGAGGUCGAGCAGAAAAAAAAAAGGAAAAAAAAAAGAAAAAAAGGGAAAAAAAGGUUAAAGGCUCGAAUGAAUGCGAUUGAAGGAAGAAUCUGAUGGCUGUAUUUAAAGCAUCGUAACGAAGAAACCCUCUUUCCCUAAUCCCGACGCUUCAUUCGAUUACUUCCAAUCCAAUCGACUUUUUUCUUCUUCUUCUUCUUCUUCUUGUUCUUCUUCUCUGUGCGCUUUUUUUUUUUCAUCCGGGACCUGAUUGAAAGUUUUGGAAAGCGACUGCUCGACGUGAUCGUUUUCGAAGUCAAUCUUUUUGCCUUUUUCUUGUCCUCUCUAAUCCGUAAGAGACAAGAUCUUGUGUUUCCGCACUGUGACAGAGCUUCUGGAACUCGCAGUGUACGCAUUUUGUUAUUCGGUGUGAAAAUCCGGUGGAUUGCUGCUUCAGGUACCGGAGAUGUUGACGUGUAUUGCGUGCUCGAAGCAGCUCAACAAUGGAUCUCUGCACCAGCAGGAGGGAGAAGACGCCGUUGCUACUCCGAGGACUAAGCAAACAAUCAAGGCCCUUACUGCUCAGAUCAAGGACAUCGCACUGAAGGCCUCGGGAGCUUACAAGAACUGCAAGCCAUGCUCGGGUUCAUCCAGCGAUAACCGCAAGUAUAAAUAUGCAGAAUCUGAUUCUGCCUCAGACUCGGCGAGGUUCCAUUGCUCCUACCGCCGAACCGGUAGCUCAAACUCCACACCAAGGCAAUGGGGAAAGGAAAUGGAGGCCAGAUUGAAAGCGCUAUCUAGUGGGGAAGGGACCCCUGCGUCGGGAAGUGGGCGAACAGAGAUUGUAUUCAUGGAAGAAGACGAGCCCAAGGAAUGGGUGGCACAAGUGGAGCCUGGUGUGCUUAUCACUUUCGUUUCAUUUCCGCAGGGAGGAAACGAUCUCAAACGGAUUCGUUUCAGCCGUGAAAUGUUCAACAAAUGGGAAGCUCAAAGAUGGUGGGCGGAAAACUAUGAGAAGGUUAUGGAAUUGUAUAAUGUCCAGCGGUUCAACAGCCAAGCUGUUCCCCUCCCACCAUCCCCUCCACAGUCAGAAGACGAGGCCUCAAAAAUUCAAUCUGCCAAGGACAGCCCUGCUACUCCACCUUUGACAAACGAGCGACUUCCUCAAAACUCAAAUCACCCAUUGGGAAACUCAUCAUCAGAAUCACUCGAUCAUCAUCCUAACCAACCCUCUCAUUGCUAUGAUCUAGGUGGUUUAGCUUCAUCCAUUAACCCUUCCUGCGCAAACGAAGCAAAGACCGAGACAUCAUCUGGAGAUGGUUCUGCGAGGACCAGUGAGGGAGAUGAGUCAGAAGAAGAGCUUUCUGUAAGUAAUGCCAGUGAUUUGGAGACUGAAUGGGUUGAACAGGAUGAGCCAGGAGUCUACAUCACUAUCAGGGCGCUGCCGGGUGGCUCAAGGGAACUCAGACGCAUUCGAUUCAGUCGCGAAAAGUUCGGAGAAAUGCAUGCGAGAUUGUGGUGGGAAGAGAACCGAGCAAGGAUACAAGAACAGUAUUUGUGAUGGGGGUAACUCAAUGGAAUUGCAUCUCCUUUUACUCAGUGGCAAAUGAUGUUUCAGUUGCAGAUUGUGGGUUGUUUUUUUCACAUCCCCUCUCUGCCCCCCUCUCUCUCUCUCUUUCAAUUUAGACUUCUCUCUCUCUUAGAUUGGCGGUAGGAAUCAAAGGAUGUUGGAAGAUAUAACAUUGGUUAGGAGAAUGGUUCAGAAAAAAAGAUGAUAGUUGAGAUAACAAAAAUCUACACUGCUGAAAGCCUGAAAUAUUCCACCUUCAUUCUUGUUUCUCAUUA